GAAUGCUUCGUUUGUUUACAUUGCAUACUGAACCAAACAAUUGCUCCCUACCCGUACAAAACGAUUAUUUCGGACGCACUUGUUUUCCAGCUAUUUCUGGCUAUAUUUCUACUCCAUUAGUCAAUAGUUUGCCAAAAACCCGGCAAUGAACGAGACAAUGAAGAGAUCACGGAAGAAGACGAUCUGGAUGACCGAGGACGAAACGUUGAAUCUCAUCUCGGUCAUACGGGAGCAUCGGUGCCUGUGGGACCGGACGUACCGGAUCAACAACCAGCAGCCGAGCCGGGAAGAAGCGUGGGAGACCGUCUCGCAAACCGUGGGCUGCAGCGCAUACGACCUGAUGGAAAAGUGGCGAUCUCUGCAGUCCUCGUACAGGAAAUGCAAAAUGCGUUGCAGAACUGUUGGACCCGACUCGGUAACCUGGGUGUACUUUCCAGCCAUGAAAUUCCUGGAUGGACCAAACGAACAGAGCAGUAUAAAUCCUCGAAAGAUGCGUGUGGUGUGCAAAGGUCCCAACAAUAUUAAUCCAGUGCGCAAAUUGAAGCUAAAAAUGCGAAGGAACCUAUUUCCAAACAGCGUCACACAACGACAACCGAUGCAAGACAACCCUCCCACGGCAUUGAAUCAACCCGAGCCACCCGUCGAUGGUGUAGUAAAGAAUGAACCGGCAAUGGAUUCACCAUCUCCACCAGCACCGCCACCCGAUUUCGCUGCCGCUCACAAUGAGGUUGAGAGAUUGGAAGAAUGUUCAGCUCGCCCUCCCGAACCGAAACAGAUUCCUCGCAACCAAACGCACCAUUCGAUCAGUAUUCAACCGCAUGCCGUCGGCGAACAGGAUGAAGAUUUUUUCUACGUACAAGGCGUAGCGUACUUACUGAAACAGUUUCCGGCUCCAGUGAAACGAAAGCUUCAGAUUGAAAUUCACGACCUGAUCGUAAAGGCGCAGAAGCGGCAGUACGAGCAACAGUUCGGAGAUUCAUUUGACUAACGGCAAACAAGUACAAGCAGAUGAUACGCGAAUGACAUGACUUAUUUUAAUUGAUUGAACUCUGAAAAUAUGGAAAGGAAACACAGCUCGUGACAGAUAUGGAAUGAAGAUGGAAUUAAGAUGAAAAUAAUUGAAUAACAAAUGAAAAUAAAACUUUUCAACAACUCAAACCGA